AGAAGUUGGAAGCAGACGGACCGCUGGCCGUCAGCAGCGUACGUAAGAGCCCAUUGCUCGCCCUUGUCGAGGCAAACAUAGAUGAACGCCCGAGUCCACAAGGGGGAUCUUGACGGAGGUGAAGUGAGAAUUGAGAAUUGAGCACUGUUUGGCAAACGUGUUUUCCGCAAACAAAGACGCGACGGCACUUGCACUUUUCCAUCAUGGCCACUCAAAUCACGACAGGGACGUCCGAACUCCGGGAUAUCACCAAGAUGGAGCGCAUAGGCGUUCAUUCGCAUAUCCACGGGCUGGGUCUCGACGACCGGCUAGAGCCCAGGGCUAAUUCUCAGGGGAUGGUUGGACAGGCAAAGGCCAGGAAGGCUGCUGGUAUGAUUCUCAAGAUGGUGCAGGAAGGUCGGAUAGCAGGACGAGCGAUGUUAUUUGCUGGGCCUCCGUCGACGGGAAAGACUGCUAUUGCUUUGGGUAUGGCACAGACGUUGGGUCCAGACGUACCUUUCACCAUGAUUGCCGCCAGCGAGGUAUUUUCACUAUCGAUGUCAAAGACGGAGGCAUUGACGCAAGCAUUCCGACGGAGCAUUGGUAUACGCAUCAAGGAGGAGACAGAGCUCGUCGAAGGAGAGGUCGUCGAGAUUCAAAUUGACCGAAGUCUGACUGGCGCCACAAAAACCGGAAAACUGACUAUCAAAAGUACCGACAUGGAGACUAUCUAUGACUUGGGUACAAAAAUGAUUGACGCUCUCUCGAAGGAGAAAGUCCUGGCAGGAGACGUCAUUACCAUCGACAAGACGUCUGGUAAAAUCACAAAGCUCGGUCGUUCCUUUGCACGGUCGAGAGAUUACGAUGCCAUGGGCGCUGAUACCAAAUUCGUUCAAUGCCCAGAUGGUGAAAUACAAAAACGGAGAGAGGUCGUGCAUACGGUGUCUUUACACGAGAUAGACGUCAUCAACAGUAGGACGCAGGGUUUCUUGGCUCUGUUCGCAGGAGACACGGGUGAAAUCAAGCCGGAGCUACGGAAUCAGAUCAACACCAAGGUGGCAGAAUGGCGCGAGGAGGGGAAGGCUGAGAUUAUACCAGGUGUCCUUUUCAUCGACGAGGUUCACAUGCUUGACAUUGAAUGUUUCUCGUUCUUGAACCGUGCCUUGGAAAAUGAUCUGGCUCCUUUAGUCAUUAUGGCUUCUAACCGAGGGAUGGCUCGUAUUCGGGGGACGACUUUCCGUAGUCCUCACGGAUUACCUGUGGAUCUUCUUGAUCGCGUACUCAUUGUCAGCACCAAACCGUACAGCGAGGAGGAUAUCGAGCAAAUCAUACAAAUACGAUGCCAAGAAGAGGAUGUCUCCCUUACCGCGGAUGCUACGAGUGUCCUGACAUCCAUGGCCAUGCAAACGACACUGCGUUACUCGCUCAACCUCAUUUCAUGUGCUCAGAUGCUGGCUCGGAAACGAAAGGCGGAGCAAGUAAGCGUGGAGGAUUUGCGGAGAGCAUAUACGUAUUUCAUGGAUGAGAAGCGAAGUGUCCAGUGGCUGAAGGAGCAACAAGGAUCACUCGUCUUCGAGGAAAUACCGACGUCCAGCGAGUAUCUCAUGGACAGCUCAUGAUACUAUUCCUAGCUGCGUGUACUCUGGUCUUGUCUUCUAUGAUACGACUAGUCAUUAUUUAUUCCCCACGAACGACAGCUCUAGGGAAAUUUUAGGACCAAGUGGAUUCGGAGAGUAAGUUAAAAUGAGUAAGACUGCUGCAUUAGGUGCUUUCGGCGACCGCAAAGAUGCAACUAGGUGGAUGACGCUCUCGUAAUUGCUACGGGUCAGAUGCUUCGUUAGCCAGUUCACCGCUCGUACGUUGCAUAAUAUCUAUUUCAAAAAUGAAUUU